AUGGUAUCAGAGCAUUCACCUUCACUUAGGAUUAUGGCUGGUGAUGAAGGAGGAGGGAAGGAAGCUAGAGGAUCUCAAAUCAAGAAGGUUGAAUCGCUAGAAACAGAGUUAGGGCAUUUGUAUGCUCGAAUGGAGAAUCAAAGGCAUCAGAUCCAACAGAACACUGAAUCCAUGGCCUCUCUUCAGUUGAAGAUGGACCAAAAGUUUGAAGAGGCCUUGAGUGCUAUAGCCAAGAGCCGACCAGAAGAGCCCAAUGGAAAGAAAUCAGUGGUAUCAACACCUGAAGUUGAAACAAGGAAGAGAGAAAUGAUUCUUAAGGGAGGAACGACCAACCGAAGAUUUCACAAACAUGAGAUUCCCUUGUUUGAUGGAACUAACACUCAUGAAUGGAUUUUUAAUGUUGAAGGGUCAUUCUGCUCGUAUGAGGAUGAAGAAACGAUGAAAGCUGUCGAGAGGUCUCUAGAAGGCGAAGCUUUACUUUUCUAUGAAUGGGAGCAUCGGAGGCGACCCAUACGAGACUGGGAAGAGCUUAAAGGAUUAAUUCAGUGGCGGUUCAAAUCUUCCAACGACGCAGCGGAACAGAUUUUGACGGAUUCUCAGUUUGGAUCCCUAGUAGAUUCUGACCAUGACAGCAGCAAGAGUCAGUUCCGACCACCACUAUCAUCACUACCACUGUUCCGAGAAUUAGAAGCAAGGAAUAGGGGAAAGAGAGAUCCGAUUUUGCACCAGAAAGGAGUCGUCGGGGAUCGCUGGAAUCUAGUAGCGUAUUCUCAGGCCACCACAGUAACAAAGCACAGACCUAGCAUGACGACUCCAUUAAACGAAGUAACGGAAGAGGGAUACCUAAGUCAUCGAAGAAAUGGGCUGGAAAGCAAGGAAUGGGUCGAAUUUGGCAAGUUGGGCCUACAUUCUUGGGAUCAGACUAUUAAGGCCGAUAAGAAGUUAGGCCCGAAUGAAAUUAAAAUGACGGUAACUCAAGAAGUCUUGUAA